ACUCCAGGCACAGCCAUUCAAGAUGCACCCAGGUGUCCUGGCUGCCUUCCUCCUCUUGAGCUGGACUCACUGUCGGGCCCUGCCCCUCCCMAGUGGUGAUGAUGAUGAAGACUUGUCUGAGGAAGACCUCCAGUUUGCAGAGCACUACUUGAAAUCUUAUUACCAUCCUUCAAAUCUUGCGGGAAUCCUGAAGAAGAAUGCAGCAAGCUCCAUGGUGGACAGGCUCCGAGAAAUGCAGUCUUUCUUCGGCUUAGAGGUGACGGGCAAACUGGACGAUAGCACCUUAGAUAUCAUGAAAAAACCAAGAUGCGGGGUCCCUGAUGUGGGCGAAUACAAUGUUUUCCCUCGGACUCUCAAAUGGUCCCAAACGAAUUUAACCUACAGAAUUGUGAAUUAUACCCCUGAUAUGACUCAUUCUGAAGUGGAGAAGGCAUUUAAAAAAGCCUUCAAAGUGUGGUCCGAUGUGACACCUUUGAAUUUUACCAGACUCCAUGAUGGCACAGCAGACAUCAUGAUCUCUUUUGGAACUAAAGAGCAUGGAGACUUCUACCCAUUUGAUGGACCCUCUGGUCUGCUGGCUCAUGCUUUUCCUCCUGGACCAAACUAUGGAGGAGAUGCCCAUUUUGAUGAUGAUGAAGACUGGACCAGUAGUUCUAAAGGCUAUAACUUGUUUCUUGUAGCUGCCCAUGAGUUUGGUCACUCCUUAGGUCUUGACCACUCCAAGGACCCAGGAGCCCUCAUGUUUCCCAUCUACACCUACACUGGAAAAAGCCAUUUCAUGCUUCCUGAUGAUGAUGUACAAGGAAUCCAGUCUCUCUAUGGUCCAGGAGAUGAAGAUCCUAACCCUAAACAUCCCAAAACACCAGACAAAUGUGACCCCUCCUUAACCCUUGAUGCCAUUACCAGUCUCCGAGGAGAAACAAUGAUCUUUAAAGACAGAUUCUUUUGGCGCCUGCACCCUCAGCAGGUUGAUGCAGAGCUGUUUUUGACAAAAUCAUUUUGGCCAGAACUUCCCAAUCGUGUUGAUGCUGCAUAUGAACAUCCUUCUCACGACCUUAUAUUCAUCUUCCGAGGUAGAAAAUUUUGGGCUCUUAAUGGUUAUGACAUUCUGGAAGGUUAUCCCAGAAAAAUAUCUGAACUGGGUUUUCCAAAAGAGGUUAAGAAGAUAAGUGCUGCUGUUCAUUUUGAGAACACGGGCAAGACCCUCUUCUUCUCAGGAAACCAGGUCUGGAGAUAUGAUGAUACUAAUCAUAUCAUGGACAAAGACUAUCCCAGACUGAUAGAGGAGGAAUUCCCAGGAAUUGGCGAUAAAGUGGAUGCUGUAUAUGAGAAAAAUGGUUAUAUUUAUUUUUUCAAUGGACCCAUACAGUUUGAAUAUAGCAUCUGGAGUAACCGUAUUGUUCGUGUCAUGCCAGCAAAUUCAUUACUGUGGUGUUAAGUGUCUUUAAACAUUGUUAUUUAAAUCCUGGAGAUCACUUGGGAUAAUACUUCCAGAAAUGUGGGGCAAGGGAGGACAGCUUUGUUCUGAGAACAAGCUUUCAUAAGUUAUCUUUGAGCAUUUAUUAUCUAUAUGACUAUGCGUGGCUGGAACCACAUUGAAG